CGCGAGCGCGUUCUCGAGCGCUCAGCUGAGAAAGAGCUCGGGCGAGUUGAGCUGACAGAGUUUGUCCGACGCCGUGAAGAGAAAACAACCCAGCGGGGACUAAAACGUCCUCGAAAUGACGACAAAAACCUCCCCCGACCGACACGGAUAUCCUUAACUACACGCUGGACUGCAUUCGGUUCCCGUGAAUGGCUUAGCAGGCGAGUUACGCGCAGUUGAAAAUGAGGGAGCUUGUGUUUUUUUCUCCCUCGUCGUCCAGCGAGAGGACAAGAUGGCAGCGCGUCGAGCAUGCAGCGGGUGCGAAAUAAAGCCCAACAUGUUCACUAAAUACCCGCAGGACGACCACAGCUGCUGUCUGUGAAGGUAUGGCCUCACAGGUUACGGUCUGCCCACCACAUGUUUAUCAACCCCAGACAAGUGCCUUUUGCAGAGCGAAGAAAAUCGAUCCCAGCAGCUGUGUUUACCAUAAGAAGAUCCCUCGCACUUACGUGGUCGGUGUGAAUCUAGGCAUUGCGCACCCUACGGAUAUUAUACCUUUAUUGAGAUUUGAGGCUUUGACUAGCGAGAAACCCUGCGCUGCUCAGGACUUCUCAAAACAGACUGAAUCAGCUCCACAGGAGCUCCUCAGAAGGGCUUCUUCGCCACACAAGCGUGUGGCAUCGGAGGGUGAACUUCAGUAUUUCUCCAAAGCAGAGGUUAUAGUUGAAGAAAAAAGUGGAGACAGGGGCCAAAACAGCCAAGGUAGUAGUAGAAGCAGUGGAGGUCCUCCAGAAGAGGUAAAGAGAAAGGAAAGGAACGGUGGUUUGAAUUCAGACAGGGGAACCCAAAAAUGUGGGUUUAAAUGCAAAGGGCAGGAGCUUGAAAACAGCAAGAGCAUCAUGCAGAUAGUAGAGGAGCAUUCGACUCUACCUGCCAUGUUGCCAACAAAUGUCGGGAGCACAACUGCAGUAGGCGUUGCCCCGCCCGAGCAGAAGGGAACCGGGACAGGAGCCGUAAACGGCACAGGCGAUGGUGACUAUCAGUUGGUCCAACACGAAGUGUUAUGCUCCAUGAAGCACACCUAUGAAGUGCUAGAGUUCUUGGGACGUGGUACGUUUGGUCAAGUGGUCAAAUGUUGGAAACGAGGCACAAAUGAGAUUGUGGCAGUGAAGAUACUAAAGAACCACCCCUCGUAUGCCCGCCAGGGUCAAAUAGAGGUAAGCAUCUUGGCCAGACUGAGUGGGGAGAACGCAGAGGAGCAUAACCUGGUUCGGGCUUUCGAGUGUUUCCAGCACAGAAGUCACACUUGUCUGGUUUUUGAGAUGUUGGAGCAGAACCUGUACGACUUUCUCAAACAAAACAAGUUCAGUCCGUUGCCUCUGAAGGUGAUUAGGCCUGUGCUGCAACAGGUGGCCACUGCACUGAAGAAGCUCAAGAGUUUGGGCCUGAUCCAUGCAGAUCUUAAACCGGAGAACAUUAUGCUGGUAGAUCCCAUCAGACAACCCUUCCGUGUGAAAGUCAUUGACUUUGGCUCUGCCAGCCACGUCUCCAAAGCUGUAUGUUCAACAUACCUGCAGUCUCGCUACUACAGGGCUCCGGAGAUCAUCCUGGGCUUACCCUUCUGUGAGGCCAUAGACAUGUGGUCGCUGGGCUGCGUCAUCGCUGAGCUCUUCCUGGGCUGGCCGCUUUAUCCAGGAGCGCUGGAGUAUGACCAGAUCCGCUACAUCUCUCAAACUCAAGGCUUGCCAGGAGAGCAGCUUCUGAACGUGGGGACGAAGACGGCACGGUUCUUCUGCAAGGAGUCCGAUUCACCGUACACUGCCUGGAGACUGAAGACGACUGAAGAACACGAGGCAGAAACGGGGCUAAAGUCCAAGGAGGCGAGGAAGUACAUUUUCAGCUGCCUGGAUGACAUUGGACAUGUGAAUCUAAUGCUCAACAUGGAAGGUUGUGACCAGUUGGCAGAGAAAGCUGACAGGAGAGAAUUUGUGGACCUGCUGAAGAUGAUGCUGAUGAUCGAUGCCGAUCAAAGAAUUGCCCCUUCAGAUGCACUUACUCACCCUUUCGUCACUAUGCAGCACCUGAUGGAUUUCCCCCAUUGCAACCAUGUCCAGUCUUGUUUCCACAUCAUGGACGUGUGUCAUUCAAGAACCAGCAUCUUUGAUACUCUGAACCGCAACAAAGCACCGCCGCUCAUGAAGCCCGUGACGCUUCCAAGUGCUCCAAAUAUCACUGUCGCCUUCAACAAAAUGCCAUCUGUCCACUCUCAGACCCUGCCGCCGUCUGCUCCACCUGUGGUGCAUCCUGGGAUUCCCAUCCAGACCGGAAGCGCCCAGUUUGGAUGUAACGAAUCCUUUCAGCAGGCACUCAUUCUGUGCCCUCCUGCACUGCAAGGAAUCCCUUCAAAUCCAAAUCAGCCAGCCGGGUAUUCGGUUCGAAUGGAGAACACCAUUCCUUUAGUAACCCAAGCCCCAGCUAUCCAGCCCUUACCCAUGAGGCCUGGAGUUAUAGCACAACAGCCGUGGUCCAACAGAACUCCACAGAUCCUUGUGCCAGCUUGGCAGCAGGUCCCGCCACCUGCUACGAGCUUGGCAUCUGAUACAGUCGUCGGAGCGCAGAGGCGAGGAGACUGGGGAACAACAGGAACAACUGCAUUUCCUUGCUUAGUGCUGGAAACAAAGCAGAUGUGCUGGAAAGUGCGACCACACAGCAGCCAUUACAGUUCAGUGAUGCCCCAGCCUAUUGUUCCCAACCAAAUGGCUGUGUCAGCCCAUCAGCCUAUAAACAUUGGCAUCGCUCAUGUUGUCUGGCCUCAACCUGCAUCUAACAAGAGGAACAAACCAAGCCAGAACAGGAGUAUGAAUGUGUCGCAUUUCACGGACACGCAGCCCUCAGUGUGUCCAUCACCAAAGAUGCCGGAAAUGUUGGCAAGUGUGGAGCCGCAAACCAGCUCUCCAGAAAGAGCAGUGCAGGCCCAGGUGAAAAAGGAGCCACAGCAGACGGAGGAGGAGGAGAGCUGCUGUAAGACCAUAGUGGCCAAUAAGCAGCGAGAGUCCAUCAUUAUCAGAGAGUCGCCCAGCCCGGCGGUUAGCGUCAUUAGCAUUAGCAGCGGCACAGAUGAGGAGGAGCAAGCGCAAAGGUGCUCUCUUAACAAAUGUAAAGGCAGUCCAGAGUGCGAGGCCUGCACAGGCUCUCUAAACAUGGAGCGUGUGUGUUCCCUUAGCAGUCCUGAUAGCAGUCUGAGCACCAGCUCUUCAGCCUCGGCACAAUCCAGCCCUUCACCAUGCAAAAGACCCAGCAGUAUAUCGGAAGAUGAUGGCCAUGAAAGUGGGUGUGAAACAGUAGAUGGAUCGCCCCCCUCAGACUCCUCACUAGGACCACACGACAGUCCUUUCCCCGAAAGACGCUUCCUGCGCAAUCAAAACCAGAACCAGGAGCCGCAGGCCAGACGUGGACAUCCCAACAACACAGGGCUGAAUAAGCCUGCAGUGAGGACAGUGGUGGUGCCGCCCAUGAGAGUGCUGAAUAAUAACCAUCAUCCCAACAAUGAGCACCUUGCAGUCAGCACAGUCUUCGAAUCCUCCUGCCAGUCCAGAAGUCGCUGCGGCCCAGGACGACUGAGCCACCUUUCCACCCCCACGCUACCCCGCCAGCAGAAACUGAGCUCUUCAUUCCAGCCACAGCCGCUAGGCUUUGGCCAGGUCCAGCAUUACGGCUCCUGCCACAAGGAGUGGAACGGCAACUACCGGCAGCCGCGCAGACCGCAGGCCUUCAUCCCGCCCACUGUCCACGGUCCUACCUUCCCCCUUCCCCACGGCAGUCCCACACACUCAGCCGGCCACCCGCCGCCUCCCGCCCUGCUCUCCUAUCCGCCUUCCGCGCCUGUGGCCCACCUCUUGCCUUCACCAUGCCCACCGCCGGCGCCUCGGCCCGUCUUGCAGCCCGCCUACAGUCUGGUGCACCACCAGGGCAUCAGCGUGGGCAUCAACCACAGGCUUCUGCCCUCCCCCACCCUUCUCCCGCAGGGCCAAUUCAAAGCCCUCUUUCCCCCGCACUCCUAUGUGGCGUCACCCGCCUACGCCGGCUUCCCCCUCAGCCCCAGCAAACUCAGUCAGUACCCGUACAUCUGAGCUGGAGCCCACGGCAGCCACGCGCACGCAGCCGGCACUGAGCCGCAACCCUUUUCCUCCUCUUUCCUUUUCUUAUGACGUUUGAUGAUGCAAAUCGAGCUUUAUACAGAGAUCAUGGAGAAUUAAUUAAACCAACGGAUGCGUGAGUGAGCGAAUGAGUGAGUGGAUUGAACACAAAACUCACUUUUAAUGUGUUUUUGCACAUUUGAUACAACAAAAUUCCCCAUAGUCGCAGCAGGAUCCCCAACCACACCCCCCCCCCCCCCCCCCCUUAUGCUAUUUUUCGAUAUUGCCUUCUGACGUGCGUAUUAGACACAGUGACUCGUCAAAGCCAUCGCUGUCUCCAGUUUCCUUGUCCGUAUUUUUUUCCGUAGACAUCCCACGCUCCUCAGUGUUAAGUCCCGGUGUUGAAAAGGUUGUCACGCUGCAUGUCUUUUUGCAUGGGCUAAAAAACCAAUGUUGGACUCAUCAAAAAAAAAUUGGGGAGGGGAAGGCCUGCAAAUCGUCGCUUUUCACUCCUCUGUGUAUUUGUUGUAAGACUUGCUGCAUUGAGUCCAUUCGGAUUCAAUAAACAGUGCCUUAAAAAUACGUGUUGUUGCAAAUUAACCCAGAAUCCCAUGUGCAGUCACGCGUGUAUCAGACUGCAGCACUUGAAACUUUUUCAAUCGUUCGUUGUGAUUUUUUUUUUUUUUUUUUUCGUUUUUUGCUUUUUAAUAUUAGGGCUGUUUCAUUGAUCUUUUCAUCUUUCUUUCUCAUGCUUUACAUAAUCUCGGUGUCGUUUGCGAUUUUUAUUUAAGCCAUCUCUUUGGGGUCGCGACGGGAGUUUUUCAUUUUGGGUGUCGACAAUGAAAUCACCCUGAGUGCAUGAAUUGUACAGGCGAAAAAUGUUUUGUUUAAUGCCUUAGAUGAAUUGCGCAUUAUUGGAAAGCAGUCCUCUUUUUUUUUUUUUUUUUUUUUUUACGUGUGGUAUUUACAAGGUCGACGUAUUUGCGCCGAGCGGUAGCAACGUUUGAUUUUCUUCAUUUUUUUUUUUUUUCUCCCCGAGCAUAACGUGCCGUAGCAGAGGCCGAUGAACUAUGUACAGAAACGUUUGCGUACUUUCAUCAUUGAUAAUCUGUUUCUACUCUAAUAGUAUUUACACUGUUUAAUGAAACUGCAAUACAAUCCAUAGUUUUCGGGGUGUGUGUGUGUGUGUGUGUUUUCAUUUUCUUUCCAUCGAUUCUACGUUAAUUUUAGAGUUAGAAGUGUUAUCGGUGUUGGAUUUGUAUCAGCAGAUAGCUCUUUGACGAUAUUGUAUGGUUUCAUGUUUGCUUUGUGCAGAUUUAAUUCAGUAUUGAGUAUCCAACUGUAAAGUCUAUCAUUGCUGGAGUAUUCAGUGCUUUAUAAGACGAGAUGGUUGAUGGUGUGCAAUUUUCUUCAUAGAUGCAUGUGACCAGAUUUGGAUUGUUUUGUAUUCUCUUUCAUUUAAUUUAGCUUGUUAUUGGACGCUGGCUGUUUUAAUUUCAAACAUUCCGUCAGGGAGAAAUAGCUUUGUUUAAUUAUUUUUUUCUGUGUGUUUAUUUUAGAUUUAAAGUUUUCGUUUUUCAUUAGGUGCGUUCUUUCAUUAUGCUUUCGCUACACCAAAGACAGUAAUUCAUUUCUUAAGCAGAGUAGCUACUGUUUUAGCGUAGACCUCGAAACGUAGUUGUAUUUAACAGAUUUAAAUAAAGACAAAUUCUAUGUAUAAAAAAUGUUGAGGUUGAUGUUUAGCUUUUUCGGGCAAGUUCUGACUUUGUUUCAUUUAUUCUUGAAUGUAUCAUAGAUAAGCUGCUAUAUACUGAUUGCCACUUCAUUAUAGCUGUGAAAUUAGAUGAUUAACUUUGUUCUUAGCCUUCUUAUUUUUAUAUGCGUCUAAUUACCUUGAACUAGAAGUGAGAUGAUUUUUUUUUUUCUUCUGUUUUUCGUUUGUUUGCUUUGGGUUUUAUCGUACUGACUGGCAUCGGAAGUGUUUUAAUGCCUCUCUGUUUUGGUUUCUUUUCAUUUGAAGUGUCAUUGUAACUACUGUAUUGCAAGUAAUAGAGUUUUUGCGUUUUAUUUGAUUUUGUGCGCGUGUGGGGUUUGUAUUUUUACGUUUCGUUUGCAUCAGUGUUUUAUCUGUUGGGCUAAUCUUGCGUAUUAGAUGCAUAUUGGUGUAUAUCUAUCUUAGUGCGUAUAUAUAUUUGCAUUUUGUUAAAGCAUAGCUUGCAGGAUAGAUUUAACUCGUUUGUUUUAAGCAUCGAUAUGAAAUCUGUAUUCGACGACCCACUUAUUUCACCAUUUCAGUAAUGCCGUUAGCACUUGAUGCAUUGGAGAAACUAGCUACAAAUUUGGGUAUGGGUGUAAUGAAUCUCAUCUCGGUAACUACAGUGCUUAUAAUUUUGUUUAUUAUUAUUAUUAUUAAUUUCUCCCCUUACAACUAUUAUUGUUCAUGCGCACGCACACAAAGUAUCAGGUGUAUUCCAACAAUGCGCGCGUUUUAAAAACGGACUGUUCGUUAGCUCCUGUACUCAUUCUGCGGGCCGUUAUAUAGGAGUGUGUUCAUUCCCUUCUCUUUAAAGCGAGAUUAGUGCCUUUGAAAUGUGCUUCAGACCUUUAUAUCCCUUUUGCAAACACUGCCUGCCAGCCUCUUCCUCUCUUUCAUGCUCUCGGAUGACGUGAAAGCUGCGGCGUUUGCUAGUCAGAAGUGCUGUUAGCAACUUUUGCUUCAAAGUAAACCACCAUCAGACGUGGAGAACCCGACAACUUAACCAACGUAUUAGUCAUGCAAUGCAGUAAAUCACCUUUAAGGAUCAUUUUCUCGACGGUGGAAAUGAAAUCCAAUCAUGCUUGAUGCUAUUUUUAUGACCAAGAAACGACGACGACAACAAACAAUAAUGAAAAGAUAUCAGGGAUUGUUGUUCUUUUAUUCUUCUUCUUCUUCUUAUGCUGACUAUAAACACCCAAGACACGGUUUUUCUCGUAUUUGGGAAGCUUUACAUGAUACACUGUGAAUGUAAACCACAUUUUGUGAAGUAGAAAAAUGAUCCCUUUUGUUUUCGCAGCAUCAUGAGAUAUAUAACAGUCCAAAAAGCGGCGCGGUUCCUCAUAGUUUGAGCCCGCUGUAUUUAGCAUGUAGCACUAGAGAUGAGUACUAAAUUGCUACUCAUGAGCACAUUAUAUGAAUUCAUCGCAUUAACUCACAACAUAGGUCUAACUAAACCCAACCAACCAAGAGUGAAACUUGAAGGAUUUGAAGACGAAGCUAAAAGUUGAAAUGACUCCCAAAAACCAAACCGCUUGAUUUCAUGCUUUUAUUUCUUGUACAGUUAAUUCAGGGUCCUUGUAUUUGUCAUAUGUGCUACUGUGUAACACUUGCCGAUUUCUUUUGUGUUUUGGGUUGGAUUGCUUUAGAUCUAUUUUUAACUCUUCUGCGAGAUUAUAUUUUAGUAAAAGUUAAAUCUCACUGCAAGUUAUCGGAUAAUUAGAGUUUAGAGCAAACAGACUUGAUUUACUAAAAAUCUGAACUGUUACUGUUUUCAUAUUUGUACAUUUUAUUUUUUGUGGCUUUUAUUUUUUCUGUUUGCUUAUGAAUUCUAUGCUACAUUAGUUUGCCAUGUAGCCACUGCACUGUGCAAUAUUCACUAUAUGAGGACUGGGAAACUUUUUUUUUUUUUUGGAUGUAAUGUCUCUUACAGUUUGCGGUCGUAUUUCUCUCUAGUUCUCAGUGAUUUAUAUGUGACCAAGCCUUAUGUACUUUGUCACAAAAAGCGGGUUUUCCUGGUGACUAUUGGUGAGUGUCAAAUUAAAGAAAUUAUGGUGUAUUGUCAAAAUUCACUUUGAAUUAAAAUAUAUAUUGCUGCGGGCA